CUGUUUGUGUUUGCACGCCAGCUUGCCACUGUCGGCUCCGGACGCGCUUUGCAGCAGCACACAAUCUCAUAGAAGUGGCCGUGGGCUGCACCACGGCAACCAACUGACAUGAACCUGUUAUAGUGCCGCUUGACGCCUGGUAUUUAGGUGAUCCAGCAUGUUAUUCCUACUCGUCCUCCUAGUACUCAUCUGCCAGAAAGGCAUCUACGGCAAAGUUAUGAAUUCUUUGAUUGGCCCUUACAUUUCACACGUCGACCGUUUUUACAAUUGUGAACAAGACAACCACCUGCUACCCUGGGAAUGGCAUUUGCGUGGUUCUCACUUCAACCCCCACAAACCAAAAGAGCUACAACUGAUAACAGGCAAUGUGACGGGUGUGAAUGUGACUCUUGAUAACAGCUACUGGGGGAAAGUAAUUCUGGAUUCCCGGUCAAACAAUCAAUGGAAGGAAAACAACUUUAUCUUUUAUUAUAGAAGAAAUGCCUGUCAAGCUCUAAGAUCAAAUCUCCCUAAUUUUUUCGAGCAAAUUUUUAAGAAGAGAGCAGAUGAUAAAAGCGCUUGCAUAUUGAAACCUGGAGUUUACGAUGUCAAUAGCACCCCCGUAGACUGGACUUUUCCAAAUGUUCCAAUCUUUCCUUAUGGACAAUAUAGGUUCAGAAUGAUGUUUGGCAUAGGUGCAAACUUACAGGCAUGUUUGGUGGCAGAGACUAAAGUUCUUCCGAAACCCGACUAGGACUACAACGUACCAGGGCAGAUUCAGCAGUGUUCGCGCUAGGAACGCGGCCCAAGACGAUUGCACAGUAUCUCGCAGCCUUGGCGCGGAGUCCAAAUAUAUAUGUAAUUGAAACGAAUUUUUGUUUUCUUUAUUGGAACUGCUUUGCACUCGCAGAGCCUGCUCGGACGUCACGGUGGCACACCUGGACCUGGACGGCGCGCAGGCGUAGACUAACGGGCAUCGCGAUAACUCACGUACUUCAACGCUGUGAUGAAAUUCACACGUUUACGCCCGUAAGAGUACGAAUUGAUAUUCACACACCUACCAGUGAGCGACGCACACACUUGCGUUUCCAGUGCGACACGCGUGGCGUGGACGUACUGGAAAUUUCUUUUCAACAAGCAGUCGGUAAAAAUUUACUGCAGAGGAACCCGACCUAAAAACGAGCUACUUUGAUAUCCGAAUGGGUAUGGGAAUGAGAAUGUCUGGUGAUCUCAUGCACCUCCGUCACGGCAGAGCGGCUGCCCUACCUCCCAGGGUUAAGGAUCCACCACCGCACCACAGGGCUUCAGCUCCGGUUAAUGAAAACUAAUGGCGGGUGGCGGGUGGAACAUGGGGGAGGGAGAGCCAAGGCAGGCAGAGCGAGCAGAGAGCCCCGAACUGGGACCACCAUACACAGUAGUAAUUCACACAAUUAAUCUAGUUAAAAACAAGCAUCAAACGUAUGUGGUUUGAAGACGAAGAAAUAUUUACAGCCCGCAAAACAUUUGAUUGUGGAUGGGGUCAGAGAGGACCAUGACGCUAGCAAGUGAGUGUUACUGUGUGAGCCAGUCAUGUUCCCAGUUGAUAUUCCCUUUGUAAGCAAAUAACUGAGAUGACUGGUAACAUCACUGACUUUGCAAUACAUUUACAUUAAAGGAUUAUCAUUAAAGGAUAGCUAUUCUUGUCCCACUGUCAUUCUUCUGGCUUGAGGGCCUCCACUAUACACUCAUAGAAUUCUUUGGCUGUAACAAAAAGAAAGAGCUCAUUUUAAUAAGGACGGCAACUUUCAUCAUCAGGAUCAGCGGAACGAAUAUAAGACUUCUGGUCAUUGCUGUGUACUUACAGUAGUACAGCAUACAUACAAAGUGAUAGCAACACCCGUAACAACUUCAUGGUCCGGGAU